UUUUUACCUGUAUUUCGAUCUGUAUAAAUAUUGUCAAUUUCGUUCAUUCGUCACAUUCGUCGACUACAGUGAUCUAAAACCGACUCUCAGUUCACCACCAAACACCAAACCAAACAUUCAAGAUGAUUGCUACACUUAAAAUCGUAUUGGCCACUGCCACUAUGUUAGUCGCUGUACUGAACACAUCUGCUGCACCGGCCCCAUCGGUGUUGCCCGCCGCCAUCGCUCCAGUGGCUGUAGCUCCAUACGCUAGCUCGUUCACUUCACACAGCGUUGCUCACUCAGUGGCCACCCCUCUGGUCCCGGCCGUUGCACCAGCCGUUGCACCUUACUACGCAAGGGCAGCUUACGCAGCGGCACCCGCUUACGCUCCUGCGGCAUACGCAGCGGCGCCAGCUUACGCCCCGGCAGCUUAUGCCGCAGCACCUGCAGCUUACGCGCCGUCCCCGUACUUUGCGCCGUACGCUGCCUUACCCGCUUACCUUUGAGAUCGGCAACCGACAAUUGACAAGAAAAAGAAAACGAUGUAAUAUAAAUUCAAUAUAAUUUAUAUUAAAUGUACAUAAUAUAAAAAUAAAUAAAUAUUUUGUGUUUUUGUAAAAUACAAGUACAUUAUUGUGCAACCUA